GGGAAUGCCGGGAAGAGAAAAAAAAGCCUUCCGUGUUUAAAAAGAAAGGCCGACGCCGGUGCGGGCAUCAAACGAUGCAUGUCUGCCAUUCCAGGUAGAAGGAUUCAACUUGCAGCAAAUCAUUCGAAAAGAGAACAAGAUGUCCCUAAAGUCUAUUGGCUGUUUCAUAGGGUUGUGCGUACUCGUGGUAUCUUCAGCAAAAGAUAUAACUUCCAAAGAUUCCGUGGAAGCUGAAGAAGUCAAAAAUAAACCUUCACCAUCUCCUAUUUCCGCCUUAUUCAUUGGAGAUUUGCUGAGAACCAACAACAAAGACAGCCUAGAAGCUUCUGCCACAGGUCACAAUCCAGUUGCUUUUGUCCCGGAGUAUAUUUCAACCGCUCGCCUUACAACCACUCCAGUAGCAGGUAGAAUUUUUACAGCCAAAGCUAGGGGAAACCAUGAAUAUUCUGAAACUGAAGUUCUUCGUCCUGCUUCAGAGAUAGUGGACAAUGACCGUUUAGGUUCCUCAAACAAAGCAGGAGAAAUGCCCCUUCAUGUAUUCGAGCAAUUUUUAAAUUUACAGUCUGGAAAAUCAUCUCCAAUUCUUGAAAGAUCAGCUCGACCCGAAGAAAUAAAACGUCAUUAUGAAAAUGAUGACUGUCGUAAGAAUUCUCGCUCAGGAGAUAUAGCCUACACUCCUGAUAAGCAGAAAUUUCCUCGACGAGAAAUUCUAGAUACAUCAAGCCCUAAAAUUGAAUAUAGGCAGGCUCAGACAGGUAGUUAUCAACAAACUGACGCUGGAGAUUACAGCAGUCACGAAGAUCCACGAGUUUCUAGUGGUUAUGACUCAAGAAGUUAUCCAUCAGAAUAUGAUUCAAAAAGCUAUCCAUCACAAUACGAAUCCAAAAGUUACCCAUCCGAACAUGAAUCAAAAAGUUAUCCCUCUGAACACGAGUCAAAAUCCAAAUCCCAUUCUUCUGGCAGUUAUACUAAAUCUAAAAGCACUUCAACUUCACGGACAACCACUCCAAACAGAGUGAAACCAAAAGUCCAUGUCUUCGGUGAUUUACCUGUGAAUAAAAAUGAGAAUAACAGAGGACAUCACAGUGGUAAUAAAGAAGAAGAAAUUGUUGUGUACAAAGUCAGAGACGAGGAUAGGCAAAGACCAAAUGGUUACAAUGAUCCUUCACAUUCAGAAUACCAACAGUCAUCACCUCCGAGUAAACAUCGUAUGGCACAGUAUUCAGUGGAACAUACUCCUGGAGUAAGAGCGGGGAAACCUUCUCAGGGAUCUCAGCAGCGACGACCAGCGGGUCAUCGUCCCGUAGAAGAUUCCAUUGGUCACCAUGAAAACAGGCCAGUUCAGUAUGGACCUCCUCAAGAUCAUGGCAAUUAUGAGCACAGUUCAUAUCCUUCAGAUGAGCGACAAAACUACAGGCAAGAGUACAUUCAACAAGAUGUUCAUCCUUCUCAUCAACAUCAACAGGAAUUCAACUCACCAUCCGAAUAUACAGAUCAUUCCCAAGGAAACUAUAGAAAUGGAAAAGACGCAGUCGUGUACGUUUCGCAACAGCCAGAAAGGAAACGAUCAAGGAAAAACCAUAGGAAUCGUAAUGUAAAUUAUGAAGCUGGUAUCGAAACUAAACUGAGUCCUGGAGGGAACAGAUACAGUAAUCAGCCUCAAGAACACGUAUUACAGUCGUCUAGACAAAGGGCAGAAAGACCUCAAAUUCCUUACGACAACUACCCUGUAGAAGAAAUCCAGGUACAAAGAGAAGCCCAAAGUGAUAGUUAUCAGAGAAAUCAAAACAGUAAACUCAUGCCCUCUGAGCUUCAACAGCCUAAAGAGUAUGUUUUUCAGGCUACACCAAAUGAGGUAGGCAUGAGGCAUGAACAAAAUAGUAGAGGCUAUAAAACGCAACAUAGACAUCCUGCAAGAGCUGUUCGUUCAUCUUCACAGCAUCUGAAACCACGUAUAGUUGAAGCUAGAGCACAAUAUCCAGGUGGCGAUGUAGUCGAAUCUCCAACUAUGGUAAGCAAGGAAAGCAAGCCGUACGUGUCGCGCUCUGUCUCUUAUUCUGAAAGCAGCUACAAUAUGAAAAACCAUGGACAAUCUGAACCUAAAUCGACUAAAUCAGACCAGCAGGCUCGUCAGUACAAUGAGCCUCAAAAUUUAAAUGGCGAGAUUCAAAAGGAUGAUGCUAGUCACCUUGAUUUUCAAACUUCAUACAAGCCAUUUAAUUCUGAAUACCCUGCAAGCUACGCCAAUGACCAACAUCAUAACGGAGCUCAUGAACAUCCUCGGCUAAUGGCAGACCGUCCAUACGGAGAGCAGCGUCAGCAUUAUGAUGAAGGACCAUAUGACGGUCCCUCAGAACAAGGUCCAUAUGCGCCAGGACCAGAAGGUCCAUAUGGACCAAAUUCAGCAGAACCUGAGGCAUACGGUCCAGGUCCAUCAGAACAUGGGCCUUACACUCCUGCAGAUCAAGGGCCAUAUGAAGGCAAUUAUGGGCCUCCAGAAGGACCACUAGAAGGCUAUCAAGAAGAUAUUGAUAACUCUGAACCUUUACAGAUAGAUGAUAAAUUCUUCGAAAAAUACGAAAUAUCUAAAAAUGCAAAGAUUAUUGUUGCACAACCAGUGGAACCAAACUUAUUUCUUGCUGAUGGAAGAGAUGUUGUAGAAGGAGGACAUUCUGAUGAUGACGAAGAACCUGCGCAAAUAGAAAAUUACGAAGCCAAAGAACACAGUGAAGAGGAGAUACCUCAUAAAAGAAUGCCUCAGGGAAUGAGAGUUCCUAAAGAAAUUCCCGGUUCAUUUAGCGAUCUUGUUAAUUCCAAUCCCAGGUUUCUUAGGAAAUUACCGAAAAUUAUGAGUUCUGGGAAAGGUGGAUUUGUAAGCUCAAAUGCUGAUGACUCUUCCAUCGACGACCUUGAUUUCCGCAGCAAUAUGAACGAACCUAAAGCUCUCGUUUCUAAAGGUGAACUUGUUCAGCAACAUGGAGAUGGAGUUAGUAGGAUUGUUUUCAAUGUACCAAAAGGGCGAUCUAAAGCCUCGGCUUCUACAAAGUCUGAAAGUUAUAGUGUAAGUAAACAAGAUCGGAAUGAUGAAAACUUGCAGGAAGCAAAAUCUGAAAACAUAAAUACAGUUGUCAAGUCAAAUACUGAAGAUGUAAAAUCUGAAUAAAAUAGUUUUUAAAAUGGAACAAUUUAAAUGUCAUGAGAAUAUGUAAAUUUAGGAAAUUGAUGUGAUUAAGCUUCACGUUCAGAAGAUUUACUGCUUCUUCAGACUAGUUUCCUGUAUUUUGAUAUUUACUGAAAAAGAAAUAUUUCUUCAUUGAAAUGAUUGCAUAAGUUUUCUUUGAAAACGCUAGACUUUCCACGAAGUUCCUAAGAAUUUCCUUAUUGCAUAUAUUUCAUUCGUUCUUAACAAUGCAAUAAUAUCAUAUUUAAGAUCGUUGAAGUUUGGAAAUUGUUUUUGAUGUAAUUGAAAAUCAACUAAAGCUUCCUUUACAGGUCUAUAAAUCCAGUAACAUUUAAUUUUAAAAUUAAAUUUGACAUUAGCACUCAAAGUCAUAUAAGUACAAUAAAUUUUAGACAUAUCUUAUUUUCUUAUUUUUAUUUAUAUGCGCAAAAUUAAGAAUUUUAAGAAAUGUAAAUUUAUAUUUUUAAAGUAAAAUAUUCUGAUAUGAUAUUUUUUAAAUUUCAAUGUUUUUCUCUUUUGUGUGAUUUAAUGUGCACAUGUAUUUUCUGUAAAUAAAACUCGUUCGUGUGUUUUUUUAGAAAUAUAAAAUUGUAAAUAUGUGAAUUUCAAAUGUAUUAU